AUGCAUCAUUUUCAGUAUUGGAUCGUUGAUUUGGUACCCUCAGAUUUUUCACCAGCAUUGACAGAGGUAGGCGCCAUCGCUGGCACAGAGCUUCAACUUAUCCCUGACAAACUCAAUUGGGAGACGAGUCUAGCUAACAAUCCUAGAGUGGUGGUUACUCCAGUUUCCGAUCCUUCGGGCUCUUCUGUUUUAUAUAUCGCCCUAUCACCUUCGGUCCAAAAAAUUCCGGAAACCUCUGUCUGCUCUCCUUCCUCUACAGUUGGCUGCGUUAACAGCCUAUCUUAUAGCCCUUCUGAUCCCUUAAAUAUGUUCUACAUGUCGUCUAUGCAUCAACGACCUUCUUUGGCUUCCUUCACGGUUGCCCCAAGUCACGUUCAGCAACAGUUAUCUCCGAAUAACCCUGCAACUCAGGGUGUCUCGAACCAUCUACAAAGCAUUGACCCUCACAAGUCAAAUGAUGAAGAAACCAUCGAUAACUCAUUUCCUAGCCGUGAAAAUCUUUCUCGACGACUCAUGGAGCGUGUACGCUCACGGUCGCGUUCCCGGGAUCACUAUCAUAGCCCUAUCGAAGAAGAAGCGUCAGCUGUCUCUAUGCUAAAAAAAGAGGACUCUACCUCGGCUCAUCUAAACCCCGUAAGUUUAAUUCCUUCAUUAUAUAAAAGCAGGGAUCAUAAUGAUCAUGGCAAUUGA